CCUCUGCUGUUUGUGCUUCCUUAGCUGCCUCUGCCUCUUCUGCCGCCAUGUCCUGCCACCACCAACAUCACUCCCACCAGCACCACGAUGGGCCGCCCAUUCCUACCAACGCCUCUCAGUCGUUGUUGUGCCAAAUAGAUCUCUUGAACCUCUCAGCCUUGAACAUCAAACAGCCCAACGACAAGAUCAAGCUGAUCUUCCAGAAGAGCGCCAACGAUGACCCCCACAGCAAAUACAACAUAUCAGAAUAUGUUUCGAGCGAUUUGGAUAGCCAAAUUAUUUUGAAGAUUCCAUUCAAUGCCAACGUUAAGCUAUUUUCAAUAAUCCUAAGAACAAAUGGCUCUUCCAAAAAGUGUCCCAAGACAAUUAAAUUUUUCAAAAAUCGUCUGGAUUUAGAUUUUGAUACAAUUGAUAACGUAAAACCGUUAUAUGAAGUCACCCAUCCUUUAUUGGGCUAUUUAGAUAAUAAUUUAAACGCCGAUGAAGCCAUAGAUGAAAAUGAUUUGACUUUUGUUGAGCAUUAUUUAUCGAGAAGAUUAUUUACUGGUCUAACUCAUUUGACAAUUUAUUUUCAAAAUUCUUAUAGUGACAAUGACGACUCAGAUUCAACUUCUAAUCUGGAAAGCGAUAGUCAAGACAGUGAUAGUGACGAUGAGGAAGAUUUAACUAUGUAUUAUAUAGAAUUAAGAGGCGAUUCCACUGCUUUAACCAAAAACCCUGUAAUUACUAUUUAUGAAGCUGCUGCUAAUCCUACUGACCACAAAGCUUUUAUAAAAGAUACGAAAUUCAAUUCUCAAUCCAAUUAUUAAUUUUUCAAUUAAUUUGCGAAUUAAUUUUCUUGAAAUGUCCAACUAUUUUUAACAAAGUUGUCAAUCAUUUGAUCUCUUUUUUUUCUGUUUUUUUCAUCGUUUUGAUUGAUUAACUUUAAAUAAACUAUGAAAAUCGGUAUUUUAUAUAAUUUAUCAAUAUUAGUUAAAAGAUGGUCCAAUUUCUGUUUAUUACUAAAGUCAUCUUUGGAAAUUGAAUUAAUUUUACAAAGAUUUUUCUUGUGUUUUGGAUUCAAUUUGCUGUUGUAAUAUAGGUAUUUAUUAAACUGUAAUAAAUUAUUAUAAUUUAAUUU